GCCAGAGGGAAAGCCUUGGCAGAGCCCUUGGGCUUUCAAAACGGUCCUUUCUUUUUCACGUUUCCGCCGCACCUCCAGUAUGAAUGGCGCCAGCAGCAGUCUCUCAGCGAGCCCGCGGGACCGUGCUGCGUCAGCUCGGCCAGCAGAGCAGCUGAUUGCCUUCGAGGUCUCUUCUCACAGCCCUGGGCAGCCCGUUCCCACCGUCGUUUGGCAUGCGGCCCUGCCCAGGCCAUCGCAGCGCCCCUGGGCGGCUGGAGUGACAUCGAGGGCGGCGGUCGAUGCCCAGCUGGCUGUCGAGGCCGAGCGGGCCAUCGAGCGGGCAAUGAAGGAGGAGCUGGCCAAGGAGGGACGGCAGCGGGUGCUCAACGAGAUGUUCGCCAGGGAGGCGCCGGCGCCCUCUGAGUACUCGUUCUCAUACUCCAGACAGCCGACGAGAGCAAGGCCGGAUUCAGAAAGUUAGUACAAAGGUGCACAGAAAACAACUCUCUGAAGCAUUUUGGCUUAUGGCUGUUGGUUGUUGGUCGUCUUUGGUGUGUGGUCUGUGUGUGUGUGUGUAUGUGGUUCAGAGGAGUUGACGCCCACCGAGGCCAACGACCUCGCCAGCAGCUGGCUGAACGGCGUCAAGACACGACAGGGCCUGACGCUCACAUGGGAGACCACCAAGGGCAAGGCGACGCGCUUCAACGUGGUGCAGCUGCCGGAUGACAGGACCGUCAUGAGCUUCCCCGUGCACCUGCUGACUGAGGACAAUAUCCAGUGUGCCUUCACGCGCGCGGUGACGUGGCGGGAUAACUGGGUGGACAAGGCCAGCAAACAGGCCAUCGCUAAUCUCAAAGGUAGGCGGCCACGCACCAUGAGAAAGGCGCAAAGUGAUUGAUGUUUGAAUGAAUGAAUGUGUGUGUGUGUGUGUGUGUGUGUCUGUGUGUCAGCGUGCCUGCCGCCCCCUUCGCAUCCACUCGACCCUGCAGGAGUCCAGGUGACAUGACACCUAACAACAGCCACAGCACAUACGAUCCUCCACCUCUGUUGGCCGAUCCCGUUCCUUCAGCGUUUCUCUAAGGUUCUGUUGCGCCUCACUCGCGAGUUGAAUCGUGACGCCUAUUGCGAAGAGGAGCUGUCCGACCAGCAUCGCUCAUCAAGCCUCGCACACUUCGGUAUCGAAUGGCGUAGAAACACCGACAGCAGCACAGACACGGCGGGGAACCAGGUCAGUGAGCCCACAGACACACAGCCACAGCCAACCCACGCUCCCAUGCAUCCACCCAUCCAUCCAUCUUUGCGCAUUUGGCAGGGCGGUUUCAUGGUGUGGCUUCCCCCCCUCCCCCCCUGGCUCGGCCAUGGUGUCCUCUGCCCCCGCCGCCCCACCCUGUGGAGCAUCCGACUGGCCCUGCAAGAGGCCGUCAUGAGCCGCAAUAGACUGGCAGACACGCUGGGGUGGGGCGGGCGGCUGAGUGACGACGGCCUGUUCACACAGGUGGAGAAGGGGAAGGAUGGGAGGCCCUCACCUGACCCUGGUGACGGGGAAGACACUGCGGCCAGGGGGCAAACCAAGGCAGCAAACGCCAGAGAAGAAAGUGAGAGAACGACCGUACACACCAUGACACACACAAGGGGGAUGGCACGCGUGUAUGGGUCUUCUCGUGCCUCCUGUCCUGUCUUGUCUCAUGUCAGGUGCUCGUUUGGCCGCUCUGCUUUCGAAGCCCACUGCGCCGCUGGCGAGGGACGACGUGCCACUUGUCGCCCAGCUGCUCAUUGAGCUUGUCAACCACAAGAUCAGGACGCUGUGCAACCAUCCGGACCUCCCCAGCCCCCCAUCAGACGCCUUCCUGAAGUCUCGUGUCAGCCUGCUGGGCAUCUCCUGGCACACACGGUGGCACCUGGCCUCGUUCGGCUACUUCUCGGUCGACGUGCCGGACCACUCAUCUGCGUCAAGCCCGACCAAUGCGUCAUUCCACGGCGGGCUGUUCGUGCCGGCGGACGCCACUGUGGCGUCGUUGCGAAGUGCCCUGUCGGACGCGCUGAGCGGGCGUCACUUUGUGGGCAACCUGUUCGACAUUCCCGACCCCCUCGUCAAGCCCGGUCUCCACGACCUGGCGGCAUCAGCUGAAGGCCUCAAGGAGGGGGCCGCGGCAGAAGACGAUCUCGUGAUGCAGGAGGCCCUCCCCGCCGCCAACGACGGCCUGGCGCAGCUGGGGGGCUUUGACGACCAACGCGACAACGACGACACAUCUGGGCCGCCACCCGAGCAGCUGACGACCGAGGCCCUCUCGUGUCUGGCCAAGCUGGCGUGCAGCGACGUCCUGGCGCGGCUUGACGCGUCGAUCCAGUGGGAUGGGGACACAUCGUCCUUCCUGCUGCGCUUCCCCAUUGCCCACCUGACCCACGGGGGCGGGCAGCAGGGCUCUUCUUCCCUUCGGACUGCUUAUUCCGAUUACUAUGCGAGCCGCCACUUCGCUGUGAAGCCGCGGGCGGAUCUGCGACACGUGAGGGGUGCGCUGUGCCAGGUGGUGAGCUUCGUGUGGGACUCUUUCGCGACCCUCGAGACGGUGGCCUUCCCCCCAGUGCUGUUCCACGACCAGUCGGCAGCCGCGGAUGAGGAGCCCAUGGGCAAUGUAGAGGAACAAUGUGAGCAUCACACGCACCAUACUCACACACACGCACACACACACACGGGGACACAAGGAGUGCAUUGUCUACUCAUGACACAUCGUCUGUCGUCUUGAUGCAUGUGUGCAGUCAUUGACGAGGGUGGGGACAAUGGUUCUGUCGAGAUGCCCGACUCCUCGCCAGCCGCGGUGCCACCAGUCGCGGCGUCAUCUAGUGGAGUGAUCGAUCUGACCGCCGCCGAGCAGGGAAACGAAGCUCAGCCACCGGCAAAAUUAGCAGACAAUGACCCAUCGAAGCCGCCACGAAAACGUAAGAAAAGCCGAGAGCGGUCAACGGCACAACCGGAACAAUCAACAAUCACAUUGUCGUCUUCCAUGCCAUGCUGCAGGUGAACGUUGCACAACCGUGGCGAACCGGCUGCUGGCGAACUUUCCCUAUCUGCACGUGCUGACCCAGAUGCACAUCCAUCUUGUGUGGCGGGGAGCAGAGCGCGGCUUUGCCCUGCUCCCGCAGGAGGCCUGCAUCCUGCCAUUUGACGUCAAGGAGAACCUCGAGCGAUCCUUCGUGCCUCACGGGCUUGACGAGGCGGGGCUGCAGCGGACCCUCGCUGACGUGCUUGAGCACAUCAAGCAGGUCCUCAGUGAGGGCAGCAGCCUCCCUCCGGCGCCAUCCACUGACGAGAACUCCCUCCUCUCUGUGUACUCGCUCACGUCGGCAGCCACGGCUCUGCUCAAGCGCGUGAAGGAGGAGAACACUGUGCAGGUGAGGGCAGCCAAGAAGAUGGGCGUGCCGGUGGACCUGGGCAUCGGGUGGGCGGAUGGCGAGGGGGGCCGGCCCGGGUUUGAGGUCCAUGUGCGUGAGGUGACGCCUGGCGCGGCGUCGGACGCCAUGCACGACGGGGGCUUCUAUCGGCCUGUGCGCAUGACGGUGGCUGCACUCAAGGCGGCCCUGCGGAGCGCUGUGGCUGCCCGCAACGAGCUAGUCAAGCUGUUCAACAUGCCCACGGAGAUCCACACAGCCAGCAUUGAGGGUUUCAACCCUCUAGACCCUUCACCCGCGGCAGCUGACAAGGAAGACUGGUCCUCAGCGGCGUCGGCAGCCGACGGUGUGCCCCCCGCCCGGCAGAGCCGAGCCCCAAACCGUCAGAAUCGAGGCGUGAAGGCUUCCACCGGCACCAAGCGCAAGGCCAGUCCGUCCAAGAGCAGCGCACCCAAGGCGCAUCGCAGGGGCAAGAAAGGCCGAUUCGUAUCCACUGCUGCCUCUGGAGGUUCUCAGCGAGCAAGCAACGGCGAGAGUGACGCGAAGGCGGCCCUCUCGCGCUUCCAGGCAUGUCCCAUCACUGUGAGCGACUCAACCAACCUGGCGGCCAUGGCGGCUGAGGUGCUUGAGGCGUGCAAACAGCACGGCUGCUACCCAGCUGAGGGGCCAGAGAUCUUCUGGGAGGAGUGCAAGGUGGGAUACGCCAUCCGGUUUCCGUCCAAUGACGGCACUGGUACCUUCCGGCGGCGGUACUUCAAGCCCCCGCAGCCGGUGAAUGUGUGCGCCCUCAAGAUGGCCAUCAUGGCGGCCCUCACCUUCCAUCGCAAGCUGGUGUCUGAGGAGGGGCGGGCGUGUUGCAGCGGAGAGGGGCAGGGUGGUGGACAUGGGGCGGGCGAGUGUGCGUCUCGGGCGAUGCACGUCGACGUGUCCAAGGGCGUGCAGGAAGACGGUAACUGAGCACGUGACCCAAAAGAGACGAUGGAUGGGGCACACGGUGAGCCGGCUUUCUGCUUUCGUAUGCUGUUCAGGUGAUGUGUUCGCCUUGCUGCCCCGCGACGAGAUCAACCGGCUGGCGCUCAACUUUCAGCACAGGAUCCAGCAAGAGGACUCCAACAUGCGGCGGUCCACCAGCAGCAGCACUUUGGCCAGCGGGGCCACCAUCCGCGUGACGUGGAACGGUGCCGACGAGACAUUCGACGUGCACCUGAUAGCGCCCCACGCGCCAGAGCAGCUGCUGGAGAAGCUCAAGCUGUCCCGCAAGAACGUCUCUCAGAUGAGGGCGCUGGUCGGGCGGGCCGUCGAGGCGCGCAACGCUCACGCAGACAAGUAUCACUGCCAGCCGAGCAAGAUUAGCAUCGAGGCCGUGCUGAGUUGAUGGGGCGGAGGGGUAAUUGAUAAGCUCGUCUGGCUGCCAUUUGCCGUCCGUCCGCCCGUCCAUGUUUGUUUUUCUGUCGUGCAUAGGUGGCUGUGUCUUCAUGUGUGCGCUGUGUCCAGACUGUGAUGCUUUAGUACAUGUGAUCCUUCCAGGCUUAUGCCAUUUCAUUCAUCUGCAUGCCGCGGGUGGGUAUAUAUGCGUGCUGCGUCGGACGUCAGGUGGCUUUGCUUGCUUGGAGUGGCCGGGUGGCCGAGGGGUCGGGGUGACGGCAGCUGGUACGGUGCGCGCGGGAGGACUGGCUGUGAUGCUCACACACGUACACGUACGUAUGAUGAUACCUACGUACUUGUGUCG